AUGGUUAAGAAAGGCCCUACAACUGGAGGUAAUGGUGGCAGUGAAUUUAACCUCUAUAGUCGUGAUGAGCCCGUCGAACAACUGGAUGUAUGGUACGGCCAAGGCACUCCUCCCGAUUUUGACAAAUUUACUGUCCUGAGGGGUCUCAAAGUCAGAUGGGCCGGGGAUGGAGACGACCAGGCCGGAUGUUGCCCGGAUGACGAACAGGAGAGAAUACUGCAUACCAGUUAUGAUUUUGGUAAUGAUUCACUUGAUUGGAUGGAUAUAUAUGGGUCAACCGGGCGUGUUGAUUCACUAAGACUUGUGACUCACAACGAGAAAGACCACUUCGAGGCUGGAGGAAUUGGUGGUACCAAAUGUGGUCAACCUGCUGGUGGUAGAAAGCUAUAUGGGUUCUAUGGAAGGGCGGAAAAAGACAUUGACAAGCUCGGGGCAGUAUUCAGUGAUUAA